AUGCUCUUGCCGCGUAUCUUACGGCGCUCCCACGCGAUAGCCGCUGCAUAUGUAGCUGCAAAGUCGCCAUUCUCCUCCACCAGACAUCUCCACGCUUCUGCCGCCCUGCGUGCCAUCGACAUGGCCAAAGUAGAUACAUCCCACCGGCUGGCAGAGCUCCGCAAGCUCAUGAAGGAGCGCAAUGUCGACAUCUACAUGGUGCCCUCCGAAGACAGCCAUCAGAGCGAGUACAUUGCCCCGUGUGACGCCCGCCGAGCAUACAUCAGUGGCUUCACUGGCUCCGCUGGUUAUGCAGUCAUCACACAUGAGAAGGCAGCCCUCUCGACCGACGGACGCUACUUCAACCAGGCCGAGAAGCAGCUGGACAGCAAUUGGGAACUGCUGAAGCAGGGCAUACAGGACGUACCCACCAUCCAAGAAUGGACUGCAGACCAGGCUGAGGGAGGCAAGGUUGUUGGCGUCGACCCGAGCGUAGUCGCGGCAGCAGAUGCCCGCAAACUUGCCGACAAGAUUAAGAAGAAGGGCGGCGAGUACAAGGCCGUUGACGAGAACUUGGUCGAUUUGGUAUGGGGCGCAGAGAGACCAGCUCGCCCAAGCGAAAAGGUCAUUGUUCAGCCUGACAAGUACGCUGGCAAGAGUUUCAGCGACAAGAUCGAUGAUCUGCGAAAGGAGCUGGAGAAGAAGAAGAGUCUGGGUUUUGUCGUGUCCAUGCUUGACGAGGUCGCGUGGCUCUUCAACCUCCGUGGCAACGACAUACCUUACAACCCAGUCUUCUUCUCGUACGCCGUCAUCACACCCACCGCCGCCACGCUCUACGUCGACGACAGCAAGCUACCCGAAGACGUCAAGAACCAUCUGGGCGACAAAGUCACCAUUCGUCCAUACGAAGAAAUUUUCGGCGAUGUUACCGCACUGAACAAAGAGCUCUCUGCAACAGGUGAAAAGGACGCUACACCCAAGAAGUUCUUAACCUCGAACCGGGCAUCGUGGGCGCUCAACAAGGCCCUCGGUGGUGAAGACAAAGUCGAGGAGACGCGGAGUCCAAUCGGAGAUGCCAAGGCAGUCAAAAACGAGGUCGAGCUGGAAGGCAUGCGACAGUGUCAUAUUCGCGACGGAGCUGCAUUGAGCGAAUACUUUGCCUGGCUAGAGGACCAGCUGAUCAACAAGAAGGCUACGCUGGACGAAGUCGAUGCUGCUGACAAGCUUGAGGAGAUUCGCAAGAAGCACGACAUGUUCAUGGGUCUUUCGUUUGACACCAUCUCGUCAACAGGCCCAAAUGCGGCAGUCAUACACUACAAGCCAGAGAAGGGCGCGUGCUCAGUCAUCGAUCCCAAGGCCAUCUACCUCUGCGACUCUGGAGCGCAAUACCGUGAUGGCACUACCGAUACCACACGAACACUGCACUUUACAGAGCCGACCGAGAUGGAGCGCAAAGCAUACACACUCGUGCUCAAAGGCAACAUGGCUCUGGAGCGCGUCAGGUUUCCAAAGGGCACGACUGGCUUCGCUUUGGAUUCGUUAGCUCGCCAAUUUCUGUGGGCAGAGGGCCUUGAUUACCGUCACGGCACAGGACAUGGUGUCGGGUCGUUUCUCAAUGUGCACGAGGGGCCGAUUGGGAUCGGCACAAGGGUACAAUAUUCGGAGGUCUCAUUGGCCGUCGGAAACGUCGUGUCCGACGAGCCUGGAUACUACGAGGAUGGAAAGUUCGGAAUCCGAAUUGAGAAUAUGAUCAUGGUCAAGGAAGUCGAAACCAAACACAAAUUUGGCGACAAGCCUUAUCUCGGAUUCGAGCAUGUGACAAUGACACCUCAUUGCCGCAACUUGGUUGACAUGAGCCUGCUCACCGAGGAUGAGAAGGCGUUUCUCAAUGAAUACCACAAGGAAGUGUAUAAGAAGACGAGCAAGUUCUUCGAGAACGACGCCUUGACAUUGGAGUGGUUGAAGCGCGAGACGGCCCCAUACUAG